CUUAGUUAUAAAUUUGUCCCUUAACUCAAAUAUAUUGUGAUGGUAAAUACUACCUGUUGGGGGACUUUUUAGUUUAAACUAUCCAUGACAAGAAGCAGUACCUACGUGGAUUAUCAACAAUUGGUGCGCGUGACGUCAUUCCUAUCAUUGUUCCAUUGGACUAGCAGAUUUCGCAAACUUUGAGAUGAUAUACUAAAUGAGUGGUGUACAGAUAAUGGUCAGAGUCUGCUCAAGAUAAGGUUUGAAAACAGGCAUAAUUAAUGAGCGUUUGAUGCAGACGAAACAAUAACUGCUGUUUGAAAUGACUGAAUUUGGAAAUUCCAGUAUCAAUGUUGAAGAGAUGGACAAGGUUGCGUGCAGAUUAUGUGGUAACAAGGAAUUCAAUGACAAAGGCAGUUUUGUUGACCAUAUAAGGGAACAUUAUGUUAGAACGGCCAUGUUUUACAAGUGUAAAGAAUGUGGAUUGAAAUACAAAAAACUCAAUGAGAUUGUGAUACAUAUUCAGACCCAUUUUGUUGUGAAAACAAACCUGUCUUGUGUGUUCUGUGGCAGUUCUCUAGACAGCAGUGAAAUAGCUAACCAUACGUGUUUGGACAAAAAAUUAAGGACAGGUAAAGAAACUGACACCAAGACUCUGUAUCCACAUAAGAAAAGUGAAGGAAAAGCAAGUAAGAGCGGCAGUGCAGAUAUGUCUAUACCAAAUGGAAAUGUUCAAACAAACGUGGAGACAGAAUUUUAUGAUGAGAUUACUCAAAUAGAAUGUCAGAAUGAUAAUGAAAAUGGUGUUGCAGAAAAGGAGCGCCUAUUUGAUAUGUCUACUGAUGUUGCAUAUCAAAAUGAUGCUGGAAUAGGUCUAACUGAAAAGGAGCGACUCAGUGAUGGCAAUCGGCUAAGCAAUUGGGAAACAGAGGGUAAGGACAUUGAAGAUGAGUUGGAAGAUGUUGUGUACGCUCCUAGAGAAACAAAGGCAUCUGACUUUGAAAAGAAUGUAAACAAUUAUAACUGUAGAAUUUGUGGUAAAAUAUACCAUACACUUAAAAGAUUGCGUAAGCAUAGUGCGGUGAAACAUAACUCCUUCAAGCAUUCGAAAAAGAGGAAAAGGAACACAUGUUCCACUCUGGAGCAGUCUGGGAAUGAAGUUAAUGAAGCUGAUGGUGAUGAUGAUGAAGGGAUUGACAGUGGUGAGGAAGAAACGUUGACUUGGGGGAAAAGUAGACCUAUUACCAGAAUAAGAAAGUCUAGAAUGAAAGUACGCAAACAUAACGAUGACAGCGAGUACAUUAAAUAUACCUUCAUCCCGCAACAUAGCUUAGAAUCCGCUGGAUAUAUGUGUAAACUAUGUGAACAACAUUUUGAAAUUAAGACUGAUUUUCAAGCCCAUUAUAAGAUGCAUGUUGAUGCUCAUGAAGAUUUUUGUCAACUUGAAUAAAACUUUAACUCUGGCCGUUUCGCUUCAUUUUGUCAGUAAUAAAACACUAAAAAAAUACAGGGACAAGCCGUGUAGUCGAAAAUUCAAAACUAAACUCUAUUUAGAGGCACACGGCAAAGAACCAAAAGAAAAUGAACUUGAUUCACAAACGCAUAAACACGACAAACACAAAUACAAACAUCCCAAACAGACACACCCAUCGACAUGGAAUUACCGAUAAGUGAUGGGAUUACCGCCUUCUAUGUUCAGUGAAACACGAGUUUACUGGAACACGAGUCUUCUGGGUGCUAAAUUACUCCGUCGUAUCCAAACACCAAUUUAAAAUUACAAGUGUGAGAUUGUGUACUCAAAAACUGGUUUAAACUCCGAUGAAUCCCUGUUUCUCUCACUGUUAAAAGGCAACCAUCUGAACACAUAUAAAUAA